AUCUAUUUCCCCAAAAUUUGAAAUCCCUUUCCGCGCUAAACGCCACUCUAUCCUCACCGUUCAUCCCAAACCUCUCUCUCUCUCUCUCUCUCUCUCACAGUGAAUCUCCAUGGCCAUUCUCUGAAGAACGAAGAACGAAGAACGAAGAAGAAGAAGAAGAAUGUCGACGAUAGAGAAGCUUUUGGCGCAGAUCUUCGAUCGGAAACGGUCGAUCAUCGACCAAGCCAAGCACCAAACCCUUCUCUUCGACCAAAACCUCGCUUCCAAACUCCUCAUUGACGGAAUCGUCCCUCCUCCGUGGCUGGUGCCCCCUCCGCCCCACGCUCACUCCUCCGAUCCAAAUCAGUUCAAUAAAGAGGAGCUCAUUUCGGGAUUGUUGCUCCCAUGCCCACAACCCGUUGUCCCUUAUUCUAGUAGCCGUUACUCUCAGUACAACAAGCCAGUUGUCGCAGGUGAUAAUCGUGCGUCACAAAAUGGUUUGUUGAAAGAAGUGUGUGUUUUGGACAAAGGCCUUGACGCCGGAGAUGGGCCGUCAUUUUUGCCAGAGUGUCAUGCUGGAUGUGCACCGAGUGCUGAUUCUGAGCUGGGUCUGAGUGCUAUAUCUCCUCAAGAUCCGAGAGAGAGGAGAAUAUCAGACACUUACCAAAAUCCAGCUUUAUCAUUGGCGAGAGUUCAAAGGUCCAAGUCAAGACAAAGGGCUCUGGAGCUUCGCAGUAGUGCAAAAGCAGCCAAAAGCUGUGCAAGGGAUGAGAAUAUUGUUGCUACUUUUGGUGGUGGGAUUUCGGGGUCUGCAAUUGCUUCCCUCCAGUCUGACCCCGUUGAUGAGUUGGUGUUUGUCAAUCCUGUAGAUAACAACAAUGUUAGUUGUGUAGUGGAAGAAGGAAAAAAUGGUGAUUGUCGCAGCAAGGAAGAUGGUAGCAAUAUUUGCUCUGGUAGAAUGACAAGAUCUAGAAGCUCUAGCCAGCAAGUCAGUUCUUUCAACAAGGGUAACUCUUCUUAUAUUGGUAGGGAAGAUCGUAAUGUACUUGCAAGUUCUAUUAUCAAAUCAAAAGAGAAUGAACCACCAGGUUUAGCUGAACCAUCUUGUAUUACUGAUGGAAGUAGUAGGGGGAGGAAAUCAAAAAUAGGAGAUAACUGGAGUGAGGACAUUCGAAGCAAUGUUUACCAUGGAAGAAUAACAAGAUCUAGAAGUUCUAGUCAACAGCCCAACCACAUGAAUAAAUUGAUGAAGCUGGAUAGCUCUUAUGACAAGGAUAAGGUAGAUGGUGUUGGACAUUCCAACCAUGUUGAUCAGUCCAAGGAAUUGGUCAAAUUCUCUGUUAUCACUGAUGACAGUUGUGGAGCAAAACAGGAAGUGGACUGUGAUAGCAACGUUAAUUUUGGUAGAAUACCAAAAUCUAGAAGUUCUUCCCAGCCAUCCAACAAUGUUAACUGUAUCACACAGGCACAGUCCAUUAGCAAAUCCAUAAAACCGCCUCAAUCUCCACGUUGGGUUGGAGGAGAUGCUGCUUUUCAAAGUGGAGAGAGCCCUCAGAUGUAUGAUGGAAGGUCCUUGCCAAGUCAAAAGGAUCAAGAGUUUCACAGAGCAGAUGCAAGCGAACAAUCAAGGAAGGGGAAUUCUGAAGCCGAGUUUAUUUCCAGGAAAUCACUUGCUACUAAUAACAUCAAAUUAAGUUCAAAGGCUGUGUGCUCCAAUGUGUCUGAUCAAAGAGUUACCUGCUCCAGAUUUGCUGCUUCCUGUGAGUCUAAUAAAGUUCAGGGUGCUCAAAUUUCCAAUGGAGGUUCAUUGCCAAUUCAAGACAAAGAGCCAUGUAAAGUUAAUGCAGCAUAUUAUUCAGAUGAGGAAAAUAUUGCUGAUGGUAAAAAUAUAAGGGGAGAAACUACUACCAUUGAGAAAAUAUCAAAACCUGUCAACUCCUCCCAUGCUUUAGGUUGUAAAGUUACAUACUCCACAUCUAAUGCUUCUAGCAAGCCUCCACUUGCACAAUCUCUAAACAGGUCCGAGAAAAUUGACCUUAAGGAAGUGUCAGGCACUCAAAUAGAAGUCCUGCCUUGUACUCGCACCAGUGAUACUGUUGGCCCAGAGAGAUGCGCUUCAACUGCUGCAGGAUUUGAGAUUGAUCCUGAUGAGCUUGUUGCUGCUCGUUCGGGUUUUCCUGGGGCUAACUUGGACGUUGCUAGCCUUCGGAUUGGGGUGGAGGUUUUAGCCACGAGGCCACACUCUGAUUGUAAUGUGCUUAUGAGACCCAAGCAACUUAAUUUUGAUGAUGUGGAAGAGUCCAGUUUGAAUGUAGUUUCAAGUCCUGCAUCCAAGAGGGAAAUACAGGGCAGGUCAUCAGAAACAGAAAGAAGUCCUCUUACCUUGCCUGAUCCUGCAGAUAUAAUGGACAAAGUGGCCUCUGUGAGUUACCAAGCAAAUUGCAACAUAUCUCAAGAGAAAACUUUGCUGGAGGAGCAGGAAGAUCUUAGAAAAGAAUCGGAACCGAGUUUUUCAUCUGAAGUCCAUGCGGAGAAGACAGAUGAAGCCAUCAGAAGCUCAGAUGGAAAUGCUGUGUCAGCAGUAAAAGAGACAUAUCAGGUUCCUAAGGAUGCAGCUACACACACUUUGCUAGAAAGUGACAAAAUUAUCAAAGAGGAGGAAUCUUCUUUGAUAGAUCAUUUAUCUCUAUCGCAAUUUUCCUGUGAAGAUUUGCUUGAACUUCCAAAACAAGUGGGGUAUAACCUGUUGCAUGAUAGUGUUGAUACAAGGAUGGAUGCUUCAGUUGAGAAUGUUGUCAUGGAGCGUGAUGGUGGAGAAUCUACCAAAUUGGUGUUUGAAGACAGUAAACUCGAUAGUGAUCUCUGUGGUGAUCUCAAGCAAUUAACAGGUGCUAAUUUUGGAAUAGUUAGGGGAUCUGGUCCUUUUAAAGAUUCAGACGUAACUUUAAGAGAUUCUACAUUUGAGCUUCCUUGUGCUGUUUUGGUGGAAGAAACAGAAGGUACUUUGUUGGAGCAGACUACAAAUUCAGGCAUUUCACAGUGUCAAAAUGAAGACUCCUUGGGGAGAUGUAUCAGUGAAGACAAACAUGUUUAUGGUUCAAAAUCAACUGAAGAGCAAAUUUUGAAUAAUGGCAUGCCAAGUGUAAGUUUUAGCUUGGGCUUGCAUGAUUCGCAGCCUCAGCAUAAGCGGAGAAAGAUUGAUUUUCAACUAACUGAAGUCCUUUCAGCUUCACCAAGCCUGAGGGAAGAGGGACUUAAAUUGAUUGACAGGGAUUCUGUUAGUGAAAACCUGGAUGGUGCAGAAGAUAUUCUGAAGGCUGUCUUUGAAUCUCAACACUUGUCAUUAUCUUAUGAGGAGGACGCUGCACAAUCAGAUGCCAGUAAGAACCCAGUUGAAGAAUUGCAACAAAAUGGGGAAGGCCACAUCAUAGAAGGGUCUGAAGCUUCAACUAGGCUGCAAGUUGAAGAGGUUGAACAUAGCUUGGAGGGUUGGGAUGGAAACACACCUUUCACUUUUAUGGAUGAUGGGUUACGAGUUUCCUAUAUCUCAAGUUUGAUUAACCAGGUUGCUGGUGAUUCUCAAGGUUGUUUAGUGGAGGAAGCAGGAGUGGCUGAUCCAAAUAGCAAACUCUUGGAUGAAAGAAUGCGAUGCUUUGUAGAAGAGAACCCAGUUCCUUUGCAUCUUGAAGAUAAAUUACAGCUGGGAAUUACAGAGUAUUUUACUAACAGUGAAAGAACCAUGCAGGAAAAGAGAAGUAAUUUGGAAGGGAUUGAAAAUUUUUCAUAUUGCUCAGUUAAUUCUCCGCAUAGCGAGUCCUUGGAUUUGACUGGGGCUGAUGAGAUAAUGCCUGAUUUUGAGGGUUUCAUUAUGCAAACAGAUGACAAACAGCCAUGCAUUGCUGAGGAGGGAAUUAGCUUUGACCUUCCAAAUACUGCAAUAGAACGUGCUAGUGUUUUGGAGCAGCUAUGCAGAUCUGCUUGCAUGAAUACCCCAUUAUCCUGUUCUUCAACUUCACAUAAAUUGCACAGAAUACCAAGUCUUUACCAGUCUGUUCCUAAUGGGCUUCUAGAGGGCAUUAACAUGAAAAGCACCCUCUCUAUGAAUAGUACUGGCAAGCAGCUCCAUAAUGGUUGCUUGAGUGAAGAAGUUGGGUUUGCUUUUCAUGGAAGGUCCUAUUCUGAUUGCCUACCAACUUCUAGUGGUCAAUCCACUUGGAAUAUAAGAAAUCCCUAUUCAUCUCCAGUUGGGAAAUUCUGGGAUAGAAUCACAUCAAACACUGGCAGUUCAGAGAAGCAAGUGAGCUCAAAUCCAGAGCUUCCCUGCAUUGAUGAAGAAAAUGAGAAUGCAGAUGAGGUAGCCGAGACAUUACCAGAAGGCAUUUUUUCAGAAGUGACUACUAGCUCAGUCAAAAGAGUACCACUUGCUGACAUGACAGAAAAUCCAAAUCCUCCUGCAUCAGUUUCUGAGGUGGAGAUACAUGCUGAUAGAUACAGUCUAGAUUCUGUAAACACGGAAUUCAGCUUCACUGGGACUCAUACUGGGGUCAAACAGAAGCAUGGAAACCAAAACAGCUCUAGGAGAAGAUAUGACAGGAAGGUGAAAGAGAAACAGAGUGUGUCAAUUGGAGCAAAUGGUGUUAAGAGGGCCAAGGAAUCAUUCCAUAGUAGGUUCAGUAAGACAAAAUUAUCUGGAAAAACCAGUAUGAGAAAUGGGGCCCCUAGUGGGAGGGAGUCAAAGACUAACAAUAUAAUCUCUAAUAUCACUUCCUUUAUUCCACUUGUUCAACAAAAGCAAGCAGCCGCAGUUGUCACAGGGAAGAGAGACAUCAAAGUGAAGGCCCUGGGGGCUGCUGAGGCUGCAAAACGUCUUGCAGAGAAGAAGGAUAAUGAACGUAAAAUGAAGAAGGAAGCUUUGAAACUUGAGCGAGCUAGACUCGAGCAGGAAAAUUUGAGGCAGUUGGAGUUGCAGAAGAGAAAGAAAGAAGAGGAAAAGAAGAAAAAAGAUGCUGAUAUGGCAGCAAGGAAAAGGCAGAGGGAAGAAGAUGAAAGAAAAGAGAAGGAGAGAAAGAGAAAACGUGUUGAGGAAUCACGUAGGCAGCAGCGCGAACAUGAGGAGAAGUUACAUGGCGAGAAAGAUGAGAGAGAAUUGAAAUCCCGAGCCACAGAUACAAGAACAAAUGAGAGGAAGGAAUCUAACAAUGAAGCAGAUAAGCAUAGAAACAUUGAAAAAGUUAGGGAGGACAAUAUCAGGAAGGUGUCAGAAACUGAACUUAGGACUACCAGUAUUCCAACAAGUGACAUCAUUAAAGCAAGCAUUCUACAUGAAGAUUCUAAGACAUUGAGUGGUUCUGGUAACAAUGUACAGGUAACAAGCAAUUUAGACAAAGCAAUAGAAAAAGACAACUCGUUUGCCAACACAAAUCAAGAACAAUACGAUAUAUCUCCAUACAAAGUUUCAGAUGAUGAAGAAGAUGACGACGAUGAUGAUGAUGUACCAAACAGCAAAAUUAUUCCUUCAUGGGCCAGUAGACAUUGUGUGGCUAAAGUUGUUUUUUCCCAGCAAAGAAUAGAUCCUGAAUCCAUUUUUCCCCUAGAAAGCUUUUGCAAUAUAGAUGAAGUUCUUCUAGCUCGGAAGCCUCAGAAAAAGUAGCAUGCUGGAGAAUGAAAAUGUACUGUAUAAAUUUGCACUUCUUCAGUCAUCUAGUAUCAGAGAUUCUGUUUAGGCUUCCAAGGAACAUAACUGUGAAAAGUUUAGGAUUCGGUGAUUCCUUUCCAACAUGAUUGUACCCGAAGAUUGCAGAAUUUAUGAUGUAUAUACUUCUUUUGUGUCAUAUUGGAUUUUUCACAAUCUGGCCUUAAUUUCUAAGUUCCAUUGUCAAUGGGAAGGGCUAUUGUGAAGCUGUUGGUCAGCUUAUUGGUUUAUCAAGCCAAACUUUCCAUGGCUGCCAUAGAAGAUAAACCAAUUCUGACACUAAUCCUCCUACUUCCCCCCUUCUCCUUGCUCAUUGCUAAUUCCUAGUUCUAAUUUUAAAGCCCCCAAGCGUUCAAUGAAUUCCAGUAAAAACAAGUUUCUGACCUCUAGAUGUACUGUCUGUUGCUUCCACAGUGGCUCAUUACCAAAGCAGGAAGACUAUAGUCCAGAUAAAAAAUUGUAAAAAUAGUGAGUUUCUGUGUAUCUUUUUGUAGUCUUAUUUAAUGGAAAUAAAUUGUUUUUAUGCUUUAGCAGAAA